AUGCCGCCGUAUUCUGACGACCUAUACUCGGCGCUGGACGAUGAAGCUCUGGAGAUAAUUGGUGAUACCUCGCCGACUCAAGAUGGGGGUCAAGGGUCCAGUGUGACUCGCCAGUCUCCCUGGGUAGACGUCAACCCCAACACCGGCUUGGCGGAUACCGAUGCGGACUACGAUGCUGGCGACAACGAGGAUCCACAACUGCUCUCACCCACAGAUGGGUACUUCGGGACGGGCACGCAGGAGUCGCCUAGUCCGGUAGUCCCGACGUCGUCCAAUGUACCAUACGUACCCAACGUAUUGGUCGAGGACCCAUCUCUGCAUCGGGACUCUCCCGACGGAAAGGCCAAAGAGGCCGAACAGGAGAGGCUAGGCCAGGAACGGCCGGACGCCGGCGACUUCAGCGGUUCGCACCAAGAGCGGUACACGUCCACAAUUCCCCGGGGCGGCUCAUCGUCGACGUACACUGGAACCACCACUCACCAACAGCAUUUCGCCCCGAGCUCGGACUCAGGGGCCACGUACUACGCUCCGUCAUCCUCGAGCCGCGUUCCCCCGAGUGUAACGCCCACCUCAUAUACAACCUAUUCGGCCCAACCGUCAGUGUACCGCGGUGGUGGUGAGCGUUACCAAUUCAUACCGGCCGAGGCCCCGCCAGCGUAUACCCCUUCGCCCACCUCCCCGACCGGGACACAGGGCCUUGACGAUCACAGAAAUUAUAGGACCUUCUCACAACCUGGCGACGCAACUGUCAACAUGGGCCGCGUUGAUGAGUCCCAGACUUUGUUGGCUCACCCCGAGCCGGAAAGCAUGCGGGAUCAUGUUGUCAAUGGUAGUGGUGGUGAGGCGUCUCCUACAUGGAGGAGCCGCAGGUUGAGGCGUGCUCCACGGCACGCUAAGAUCAGGGCAUUCAAGAUGGUGCUCAUCGCAGUGGUGCUUCUUUUCCUGACGGGUGGGUUUUUGAGCAGCGUCAUUGAUGGUACAGGAGGUCGUGUAAGUCCUGGACGCCACAAUCCUCACACUCGACCUUACCCGCCCGACAUGGAGUACCCUGAGGUAGAUGACGGAGUCACUUGGGACCCUUCGAACUUCUGCGCCGAGGCUCAAAUCCAGCGACACACCCAGCUCUAUGACCUUGACUUUGGAGCCAAGAAGGAGCUCUACCUCAUCCAACGUAUUGCUGAUGACGACAACCACCGCGACUGGCAUGGCGUCCACGUCCAAGGUGACGCUAUCUUCCGCCGGACUACGCCAGAGCAUCCGGACCCGCAGAUCACCGUAGAGACCACGGUCACCGACGACCGGCUCAAUGUCUUCAUCACCUGGGACGCCGACACCGGAACCCUCAACAUCACCGUCCCUCGCCACCUCGAAUGGGCACAGGAACGACCCAGGGCAUGCGUCAACAUCAAAGCCACCGUCUGGGUCCCUGAGAACAGUGACCUCAGCCUCCUCCACGCCGACGUCGUCCACCUCAACGUACGGCUCCUCGACAAUCUUUCUCUCUCCAUCGCCAAGGGCACUCGGCUAUCUAGCACUAUCGGCACCAUCGUCUCGGCCGCGGGUAGCUCUGCAGCCGAGAACGAAGCCCUAUUCGAUCAGCCCAGCCUUCCAUCCUCGUUCAACUUCAACUCCCGCAUCAUCGACGUCCACACCACGUCCGGCGACAUCUCCGGUUCUUGGCCGCUGUUCGACUACCUCGGCCUGAAAUCUACUUCAGGCGACAUCCAUACUGCUGUUGUCCCGCAGCCGGCCGACCCGGACCACUUCACCAAGUCUGCGGUGCUCAACAUCACCUCGCUCUCAGGCGAUGUCAGCUUCCGCGAGCCGAUCCAUGCUGCGGAGGCGGCGUUCCGGAUUGGGCAGGCGUUCACUUCGGCCAAGCAGCGCCGACUCGCGACGCGUAAAGCAGAGGAGCUGUUGCCGCCGAGGGACUACCGGGUGAAUGUCCACACCACGAGUGGGGAUAUCAACGGGGCCGCGGCAUUCAGCAGCGCGGCGGGGUUCCGGUCGACGUCCGGGACGGUGAGCUUGGAAUUGUUGCCUAUCCUAGAUGUGGGAUUGGUUGAGAGUAUCCGGGAUGCGGGUGAGGUGGAGGUUGCAGGCAGGAAGGCAACGCUGACGACCGGAAGUACAAGUGGUGAUACGGAUUUGAAGGUGUUGGAGCCGCUGUGGGUGGACCCCAGUGCUGUUGUCAUUGUUGGUGGCGAAAACGACGGAGCCGGACCGGAAAUUGGGAUUGUGGCGCUUAGAGAGGGCCCCGCGAAGACAAGGCGCGGCGGAUAUGUCAACCUCAACGAGAGGACCUCGUCCUCAUCUUCUUCCUCCGCCAACACCGACAGCGACAGCCUUGGUAACCCUAACAAAGACCCCACGCCGCUCCGCUACCUCUCCGGCACGCACACCAGCACGUCGGCCACGAUCAAACUGCGGUAUCCUCAGAGCUGGGAAGGGGAUGUGGCUUUGACUUCUCUGACCGGCGUGCUGCGUGUUAGUGGUGACGGACUAAAGGUGAUCAAGGCUGGGAGCGACUGGCCGGGUGUCAACAAGGCGCUGUUGGCGCGGAAGGGGGAGAAAGGUAGGGGUGGAAAGGUGGAGGGGAAGAGUACGAGUGGUGAUGUGGAGUUUCUUAUUGGUGAGGCGAACUAA